AUGAAGAGAUUUUUGGUCGCGUUUCUUCUUGUGCUCGUCUUCUUCUGUGCCGAGAUGAGAAAAGGGGAUGGAGGGAAGAUACCAGUAGUACCAGUGCCAACGGGGAAAUGGUGUGGAUACGCAUUACCGAUGAAACCAUGCAACGACGACGUCUGCGCUAAACGGUGUAUUGCGGAUAACACGCAUGGCUGGCUCAUGGCUACCGGCAUGUGCACUUCUAUCCCUAGCUUAAAGGAUUGUUACUGUGUCCAUCAGUGUCCUUGA